GAGGCUUCCUGCAGGGGCGAAGGCCCAGCAGGGCCGCAGCACGCGCGGUGCUCGAAGGCUCGUGCGCUGGGGACUGGCUGGCUCCUGGAGCUUCCCCUGCAGUGCACCCCAGCGCUGAGCUCCAGGCAGUGCGUUUUCUCCGGAGGGCUUUCUCAUUCAGAGCACGGCCCCAUCCGGAUCACCUCUUGGCAUGGUAGCGGUGAAAACAGCCCUGUCUGUAGAGCCCAAUCUGAAGGGCAGAUGUUUAGUACCAUUUGUGGACUGAAUUUGCUCCCGUUUUGCAGUGUCAUUGUUCUGAGGGCCCCGUAACGGUCAAAUGUAAUAAGUAGUAUCUUAGGGGAAAGUGGUGGAACAGGAAUCUUGUGUUUUUCAUUCAGGUGCAUUUUGCACUGGAACCCUAGAGCUGUGUUCGUUUGUUCUACUUUCACCUUUGUAACAAACCCCUGGUUGCUGAGUGUGCUGACAGAAUGCCAACCCACUGUUAUAUAAAGUUUGAGAGUUUCGAUUUAGUAAUACAGUCAAUAAAGGUGCUCUUUGAAGACCGUUUGCACGUGGAGAUUAUACCCAGUGCUGCUUCGUGCUCUAGUUUACCACAAUAGGUGGUAUAAAAGUCAAGCUUAGACUAAUGUCCUGCUUACCAUUUUGUGGUUGUGUAAACUUGAGUUUCUCAGUGCCCUUUUAUCUGUAGAGCUAUUCAUAAUGUUUUUACAGAUAAAACAGUUAAUUUGUUCAUAAGCACUAGGCUCGUUGUGAGAAUUAUAUGAGAAAUAUGUGCAGGUUUGCUACUUGGCACAUAAUAGGCACUUAGGGUGAAGAUUAUAUUGGUUUUUGUUUUUUAUAUGGAUGCUAUUGUAUGUCCUUUUAGCCUUUUAUUUUUGCCCAAGUUACAUUCUUUAAUUUUGAAACAUGCCAAGUCUCUGUAACAGCCUGUCAGUGCUAGAUCACAGUUUCUAGUUCUUUAAAGUAGUUCAGAAAUUGUAGUUGAAUCUAGAAGAUAAAGUGUAGGCUGAACUAUAUGUUGUGAUCCUGAUAGAAAGUUAAAGCAAGGAAGGAGUUUUAAGAUCCUAAACCUGGCUGUGAUCAUUAUGAUGGAGCAAGGAAAAGAACUGUUGGUCUCAGAUUCUAAAGGCAUCAUGAAGAGGGAGAAUUUGAAAAGCCCCUUUACAGGAGAUGAAAGUAAGAAUAAUUUUGGAACUGUUCAACAUUAUAAUCCUAAGGCAGAUAAGCUUAAAGAGAGAGCUUCAAAAUGGUCUAAAAGACAUGGCCCACAAAAUUCUAAGCAUGAGGAUACAGAAGAAAUACUGUUGACAUUGUCCCAAGAAGGUGAGAUUUUGGCUCAGAGUUUCUCUGAGAAUGACGGCAAGUCUGAGAUUUGGGGAAAUUUCACAGAGCAAGAGGAGAAGAAGUCCAAUCAUGGGUUAGGGGACCCAGGAGAACACGCUAGUGCCUCUAUCCAGCAAGGAGACAAACCUUACACAUGUUCCCAUUGUUGGAAAAGCUUCAGUAAUAGUUCUCAUUUGCGUACGCAUCAGAGGACCCAUUCUGGAGAAAAGCCUUAUAAGUGCUCUGAGUGUGGGAAAUGCUUUUGUAACAGUUCACACCUGAUUCAGCAUCUGAGAACACACACAGGGGAAAAGCCUUACCAAUGUGCUGAAUGUGAGAAAAGCUUCAGCAAUACUUCCCAUCUUAUUAUCCAUGAAAGAACUCACACGGGAGAGAAACCCUAUAAAUGUCCUGAGUGUGGGAAGAGUUUCAGUAGCAGUUCUCACCUUAUUCAGCAUCACAGGUCACAUACAGGGGAAAAACCAUAUGAGUGUCCUGUCUGUGGAAAAGGCUUCAGCUAUAGCUAUGUUUUAAUAGAACAUCAGAGGACUCACACUGGAGAAAAACCCUAUGAAUGUCAGGACUGUGGGAGCAGUUUUAGUCAGAGUUCCAGCCUGAUUCGCCACCAGCGGACACAUACAGGUGAAAAGCCCUACAAAUGUCUGGAAUGUGGAAGAAGCUUUGGUUAUAAUUCGACUCUAAUAAAGCAUCGGAGAAUCCAUACAGGAGAAAAAUCCUAUCCUUGUCCAAACUGUGGGAAGAAUUUUAGUCGAAGUUCAAAUCUUACAACACACCAGGAAAUGCACACAGGGGAAAAAUCCUGUGGAGGUUCUGAAAAUGGAGAAAGUUUGCAUCACAGCUGCAGUGUGAUAGAAGAGUGCAGAGGAGAGAAGCCAUAUAAAUGCUGUGAAUGUGGGAAGAGUUUUGGCCUUAGCACCCAUCUCAUUAGACAUCAGAGGACACAUACAGGAGAAAAGCCUUACAGAUGUUCUCUUUGCUGGAAAACUUUUAGUCAGAGUUCUGCCCUGGUGAUUCACCGGAGGACCCACACAGGAGAGAAACCUUAUAAAUGUCCUGACUGUGGUGAGUGUUUCAGUCAGAGCUUUAACCUUAAUAGGCACCGGCGGAUCCACAAAGGAGAAAAACCUUACAAAUGUGCUGACUGUGAGAAAUGCUACACCAGAAGUGCCUACCUCACUCAACAUCGGAAAAUUCACUUAGAAAAGUCUUUUGAGUCUCCUGAAAUGAUAGAUUUUCCUCAUGAACUGACUUGGAAAAGCUGUUCAGGGGAAAUGGCCCACAUCCCUUCAUUUUCAGUCUCAAAUCCACCUUCCUGAAUCCAAGCGCCUGCUGAGUCUUGUUUUGUUUUCCCUCACUGAACCAUUACAGUUAAGAACCAUCAAACCUGUAUAAUGAUUGUAUAAUAAUAUAUACUAUGAAGUUCUAUUUAGUGUGUUUGCCAAACAUCUGCAAAAAGUCAACCUCUCAGGGCCCGAGGUUAUCAGACCUGUCCAGUGAGAGACACUGCCAAUGAUGAAGAUAAAGGAAAAUUUUUUUUGAAACUUAGGGAUAGCUCCAAAGGAAAAUAUAAAGAGUAACCCUGGGAGCAAGCAAAAGGCCAUGUGAGAGCGUGAAGCUAGGCGUGCCAAUGAAUUACCUUUUUUUGUAUUACCUCAUUGAGUCAGGAUCAUUACUGGCUUCAAGUUGUUGCCUAGUGAAAGGUCUUUUUAAACAAAUAAUGUGAUUUUGUGUCUGUUUUAUUGAAUCUUAAGAAAAUUCUUUUUUAAAAUGCAUUUUUGCUAAAAAUUAAUGUUUAUAGCAUCUAAAACUGUAGUAUCCAUUAUUGUCACCUGUAGCCAUAUUUGACUAUGUAAACGUAUUAAUAAUUAAUAUUUAAUGAAAUUGGAAAUACAGUUUCUUAGUUGCACUAGCCACUUACUAAGUACUCAGUAGUCACGUGAUUACUGGCUACUAUAUUGGAUAUCAUCAUAGAAAGUUUUUUCAAGAGCAUAAUUCUUAACAGACUGAGAUAUAUAUAUUUUUUUUAAUUUAUUUUUUUCUUACAAGUAGGAAUGUGCUUCAUUGGUUUUAUUCUCCAAAAGAAAUUGCAAUUGAAUAGAAAUGAGAUUGAAUUUUUUAAAAUUUUUACUAGGGCAAGAUCAGGUAUUUUAGUGAUUAUAUGUUUAUGUUAAACCAGUGAUGUGAUCUAGUGAUGAUUUCACUGUGUUCAGUAAAGCCAGAAUAGUAAGUGGGAUCCUAUGUAUGACUUUUCAGUUUUUUGACAAAAUCUUUCCCUAAGUUUUCUCUUUACAUAAGGCCUGGUCAUAUCAGGAACUGGGUUAUUUUUCUAAUAAUUAACCCACUCAUUCUGAGCCAAUGUCCAUGGAUGGUUUGCCUUUGGACACCAAGAUUCAUUAGCUCUAGGGUUGGCAGUUUUCCUCUGCUUGUGAUAUAUUUUGUCUAUGGAUCUGCUGAAACCUCAUCAUGUGUUCUAUGGGAAUAAUGCUUUGGAAAGUGUUAGGAUAUUCCUCCUUCCCAUUUUUCCCUACUGGUGCAAACAGUGUACGUAUAGGAAGGUCAGGAGUCUGUGUUGUCCAGGAUUUUAUCUCACUGGUGGAUUUAAAAAUAUAUGCAUUUCUACCUUUGUAUGUUAUGAAGAAUUUGUGGAGGUGGAUAUUAGGAAUUUGGAGCCAGACAGGCAAUAUUAUGGCUGCUGCAAAGGGCUGUAAUUGGCAGAUAAUCUAUUUGCAUGAGGAUUAUUUACUUCUUGAUUGUGGUACCCUUGAUACUGGUGAGGCAAUUGUGUCUUUUUGUAUUGUUAUAUGAUGUUAAAAUAAAGCAAGACUAACAGUUAUUUAAGAAGUAGUUGGGGUAAUAGUCUUCUUUCAUGAAAAGGGAAUACAUUUUUGGGCAUCACUGGCUUUUAUGCACCUGUCACUAUGUGUCUUUCUACCUUCUAUGUGAUGUGGUAUUGCCCAAGUUCUCCUAAAUUGUAAUAUCUCAGGACAAGUUUUUAUAGUUUGUUUAUUUUUUUUAUCACAAACAACUAAGUGUUCAGUUAAUGUUUGAGAAUUACUGGUUUACUCUUGAGGCUGAGAUUCAAUUGCAAGGCAGCAGCUAUGAUGUAGUGGUAAAUCAUCAGUGAAAUAAUCUGUGGCACAUAACCACUGACUCUCAGUUUCUGUAUCUGUAAAGUGAAGGUAGUGCCUACCUUCCAAGGCUACUGUAAGGAUUAAAUAAAUGUUUGUAAAGCAUUUAA